AUGGCCCCGCUACCGGGGGCAGAGCUGGUCCAGAGGCCGCUGCAGCUCUACCGAUACCUGCUGCGCUGUUGCCGGCAGCUGCCAACCAAGGGCAUCCAGGAGCAUUAUAAGCAUACUGUCAGGCAGAGUUUCCGAGUUCAUUCGGAUAAAGACAGCCCUGAGAGGAUCCAGCAGAUUAUUAAAAGAGCCAUUGAAGAUGCUGACUGGAUCCUGAACAAGUAUAAGAAACAAAACUGA